CCUUCAAAGCCCACAACCCGGCUUUGAGGGUGCACAACUCACCCUUAAUCCCACCGUUAACGACCCCACCCAGCCACCACCCGUCAUGCCGUCCGCCGCCCCCGUCCACGCGCCGCCGCCGCAGAUGCCCGGCUACCUCGUCGACAACCACGACGCGCAACAGCUCAGACAAGAUGUUGCAAACCUCAUCGGGCGCGACAACCCACGCUUCCCAGGCGCCCAGCCCGUUUCCUUUUCCCGCGAACACAUAGCCGAACUGCAACGCGCCGAAUACUUCAUGUGCGAGAAGACGGACGGCCUGCGCUGCCUCUUGUACAUGGCCUUUACCGAAGACGCGACGGGCCGCUUCGAGCCCGUGACAUUCCUCAUCGACCGCAAGAACAACUACUACAACGUGCAGCCGGCGGUGCGCGUGCCCUUCUGGGAGCAGCCCAAGAACCCCGACGCCUUCCUCUACGGCACCAUCCUCGACGGCGAGCUAGUCAACGACCAGUACCCCGGCGAAGCCACGCCGCGCCUCAUCUACUACGUCUUCGACUGCCUGACGCUCAACGGCGACAACCUGACGCCCAAGACGUUCGACAAGCGCUUCGCCCGCCUGCGCGACUGGGUCCUCGCCCCCUACAACUCCUCCCUCCCCAAAACCGCCGUCCACAUCCCGCCCUUCCGCCUGCGCGAGAAGAACAUGUGGCCGCAAUACUCGUUCCGCCACACCUUCGACCAAGUCCUGCCGAAUCUACGCCAUGGAAACGACGGCCUGAUCUUCACCUGCAAGGCCACGCGCUACGAGUUCGGCACAGACCGCCACACCCUGAAAUGGAAACCCCCCCACGAAAACACAAUAGACUUCAAACUCCGCCUCGGCGAAUUUCCCCUCAUCGACCCGCAGGAUGGCGAAGACGGUCCCAUCCCAGACUACACCGCUAUCCCCGCCCCCAUCACCCUGCUCGUCCAGCACAAUAAAAACCAAUACGAGCCCUUUGCCGAACUCGCCCUCACGCCCGCGGAAUGGCACGUGCUUAUGUCGCUUGACCAGCGCCUCGACGGCCGCAUCAUAGAGUGCUACCGCACCCCGCAAGGCCAGUGGAAGUACAAAGCCGAAGCUGACGGGUCGCCGCGCUGGCGCGACGAUAAGAAAGACGCAAAUCACAUUUCUACCGUUAACAGCGUGCUGGAGAGCAUAGAGAACCCCGUUACCGAGGACGAUCUGCGCGCUAUGGAGCCCAGGCUCAAAGAAGCCGUGUAUCGUCUGCAGGGCCGCGAGCCGCCCAAGGCGGAUGGCGAGAGGGACCCGAAGAAGAGGAAGGUGGAUGAGGCGGGGCUUAAUGGGAAUGCGAAUGGGAGCGUAUUGGGUAGGGUAGGGUUGGGUAGAAUAGCGGCGUUUUUUGCUUCUUGGACUGGAGAUGCAGAGAGAUAG